AGGAGCAGAAAGAGAAGGAAGGAGGGAAGGAGAAAGAGGAGGAGGAGGAGGAGGGCAGGGCCCCUCCCUCUCUGCCCCAAAGGGCUGCCUUGAGGCGGGGAGGGCGCCUUAAAAGCCCGGCGCCGCAGUCCGUCCCUGGCACUCAGUCCGAACUCCAAGGCCAGGCAGCCCUCCUCCUCUUCCUUCCCUGGGUCCCUCUCUUCCUCCUCCUCCUCCUCUUCUUCUCUUCCUUCUGUGUCGCCGGAGUCCCCCUCCAUCCUUCCUCCGCAGCCAUGGAUGCCAUCAAGAAGAAGAUGCAGAUGCUGAAGCUGGACAAGGAGAACGCCUUGGACCGCGCCGAACAGGCCGAGGCCGACAAGAAGGCAGCCGAGGACAGGAGCAAACAGCUGGAAGAUGAGUUGGUGUCCCUCCAAAAGAAGCUGAAAGGGACUGAAGAUGAGCUCGACAAAUACUCUGAGUCCCUGAAAGACGCCCAAGAGAAGUUGGAGCUGGCGGAGAAGAAGGCCACAGAUGCUGAGAGCGAUGUAGCUUCCUUGAACAGGCGUAUCCAGCUGGUAGAGGAAGAGUUGGAUCGGGCCCAGGAGCGUCUGGCCACUGCCUUGCAGAAACUGGAGGAAGCCGAGAAGGCCGCAGAUGAGAGCGAAAGAGGUAUGAAGGUCAUUGAGAGCAGAGCCCUGAAGGAUGAGGAGAAGAUGGAAAUCCAGGAGAUCCAACUCAAAGAAGCCAAGCACAUCGCUGAGGACGCCGACCGCAAGUAUGAAGAGGUGGCUCGUAAGCUGGUGAUCAUUGAGAGCGACCUGGAGCGCGCUGAGGAACGGGCUGAACUUUCAGAAAGCAAAUGUGCUGAACUUGAAGAGGAAUUGAAAACUGUGACCAACAAUCUGAGGUCGCUGGAAGCUCAGGCGGAGAAGUACUCCCAAAAGGAAGACAAAUAUGAAGAGGAAAUCAAAGUCCUUACUGACAAACUGAAGGAGGCUGAGACCCGCGCUGAGUUUGCAGAGAGGUCAGUAACCAAGCUGGAGAAGAGCAUUGACGAUCUAGAAGAGAAAGUGGCGCAUGCCAAAGAAGAAAACCUCAACAUGCAUCAGAUGCUGGAUCAAACUUUACUGGAGUUAAACAACAUGUGAAAAAACGACUUAGCCAUCGCCACGCAACGCGCCAGUCUUGUUUCGGUUUAACACCUGCUUGCCAUGAAACCGCUCCCCGAAAUGUGUCUUUAUGUUUUAUUAUUUCCUCCCCACUUUGCCACACGUCACGGAGCCCACCCCGCUUCAUCCCAGGCACAAAGUCGGGUCAUAAAAUGUCAAAGCUGGGAAUUGCAAUCCAUCAAGUUGGGAAGUAGUAGUGUUUAGCUGUGCCAUAUUCCGGAACGAAACUUGCAAACAUUUUGUGCCGAGUUUCCGUUCACAUUCGCCGGUUGCAAAUCCUUGAUGGGAACGGAGAGGACCUUUUUGCCUGCGGUGCCUUCCUGUUAUAUAUGAAGUAAAGAUUAAUUAUUUGGCAACCCAGGAAGAAAGUGGCUAUUGAUCAGCAUGCCUUGGAAACAAAAUAUACUUGUGCUGCUGCUCAUCUUUAAUUUCUACCAUUCGAACAUUUGUCCAGCUCAAUAAUUUGAUUUUCUUAGAGGGGACUUGAGCUGAAAAGCAUCCCUUCCAAACAUCCCCCCAAAAAAUUCAAGAGCAAAGCAGACCUGCCCUCUCCUUUCUAAACACUUUCUUAACUACAAAACCAAUUUAUGGCUUGCUACAAACUUUUAGGCGGCUUUUCAGUCUGCCCAGUCAUUCCAUUUGGGAACAAAAAACCUAACAUUUUUACAUUGAUGAAUUCCAGUUGCGUUUCAGGUUUUGCCUAAAGCUGAAGGGAAUCCCAUAAAUUUGGUUAUUUGCCACAUGUUUGUUUGACACACUUUUUUUUUUUUUUUGGUUGUUUUGAAAAUCAUUAUCUGUAUGUAAACAUUGUAUAAUUGAUAAUGGAAUAAAAACACGCACUCUAGGACAUUUUUUAAAAAAACA